CAGUUCUGUUCUCCGUACUCGACCGGAGCUGCUCUCGGCAGUAAACAGCUGGCGACGCGAUGCGUCAGAGCAAAAUGUCGAACGGGACUGCGCCAAGCUAGUUGCCCCUCUACUUCUCUUUGGCACGGUGCAAGAGCUUGAAAAAAAAGUGAACACUCAACGGGCAAGCGUUCGGCGCAUUCGCGGUAUAAAUUCGGCAACGAAGUACACAAGUGUCAGCAACGGUACCUGAAACUCGGGUCCACCGGAAAAUAAAGGCGCAAACGAGAAAAACCCGCGGACGAAAGUGGGGUUUCUUUGUUCCUGUGCUACGGUUCUCUGCGCAUAGGUUCCCGUGCGUGUGGCGCAGCGUUGUUUGUUGUGGUCGGUACGUCACUCUCGGCGUACACACGACUCGGUUGCGAUAUUAAACCAAGAUUCUGGCGUCCUGGAUGAUCCCGAGCCAUUUCGUGCACGGAAUAUAUCGUCCACCGUGUCGUUUUCCGUCUCGGAUCCUCGCCAGGCAACGCACCGACCAGGAGAAAGGAUCGCUGGCCUUUCGUGUACGCGCGAGUGCUUUGUUUUGACGAGCAGCUGAUCCGGGACUAACUCGUUUAUCGCGUCGACGAGUUCUCCAUUCGUUGCAACGGUGGCUCGUUUCGAAACAGUUUGAUUGUGUUUCGCGUACACGACGUUGCUGGUCGCGGGGCUGUCUCGCGAACAGUGUUUAAAGGGAUCGCCGAGCCGUGGCAAGCGGAGGCUUACAUCACGGAAAAACGGAGGACGCGAUCGACCGAUGCUUUCGGAGCAACAGUGCAACCUAUACCGUGAACCUCGAUGACAGGACCAACGACGUUGUCAAGAAUCGUUACUCCGUAGUUCAUUAAGCAGACAUCUUCGCGGCGAGUGAUUAUUUUCGGUUUCCAAGGGGCUCUACGUUCCCCUCGUUCGUUUUUCGUCACCGACUUCCGGCUCGGACCAAAAAUUCUUCAGUGCCGUCCUGUGAAUAACGAUCGCGCGGAUCGUGCCUCGCUCGAGCUAUAGUUUACCAACUCGAGCUCAUCAAAAAGGCUGUACCAAUUACUACUAAUCUCACCUUACGAGUAUUCCCUGUUCCGAAACCUGUGCGAUUUAUUUCUUUGGUUAUCGAUGAUCUCGUAAUACGUUGCUCUUUUUCGAGCGAAUUUACAUAUUUUCUUUUUUUUCCACUUGAAUCUCAACGAAUCAUUCUCGUUGAAACACGGAAUUGUUUUCGUUUGAACUGACAUUGCGCGCGUAUAUACGUGUAUAAAUAGCGUGCGGAAAUACAUAGACGGAGGAGAUCUUUCGCGUCGUUUCUCGUCAGAGCUUUGCUUCCCGUUCUCGUCUUGGCUCGUUUUAUCGCGAUUCGCGCGCGAUCGCACAAUUCGUGCGAUACUUCCCGAAGGAGGGCUGCACCGGGAGGUCUCGAACUCUGCGAGAGUUUCGGUGAAUCGACGAGGACGAACGGAUUGGUGGCCGUGAUCGAUGUGGCAUAAACCCGAGGGGGCCGUACUCGCGAGCGGUGGGAAACGUGGGGUACGGCCCCGAUCGAGCUGACUACAGGAGUUGACCCGAGGUGACAGAGGUCUUCUUCUUCGGACGUCGACAGCGAGAUAAGCAUCGCCUGGAUGCCAGUUGAGUCCUUAGGGCGGGUUGGCCGUUUCACCCUUUUCGGACUGGAAGGAGCUUGACCGGCCCGAAGAUGUUGUACAUAUUCCACGUGGACACCGGCACCACCAUCACCUUCGACAUCAAACUGGCCCUGCAGACUGUCUCCCACCUGAAGGAAGCGAUCGAGCGAGAAUGCGGCGUGCACUCUGCGCACCAGGUGCUCCUGAUGAGCGGAGGCGAGAGCCUGGAACUGAACGCCCGUGUGUGCUCCUACUCGGCCGGAACCGACACGAAUCCGAUCUAUUUGUUCAGCAAGGCAGCCAUCGAGAGCCACCUACCACCCGCGCCGAGCAUAGAUUAUGGUUCCGAUGUCGAUCUUCAGAGUCAAAUCGACGCGUCGCUGGCGAUGCCAGCCACUUACCAGACCCUCGUUGCCCGAGCUCAAUUGGCUCAACAGUGCUGCGGAUUGGCACGGGAGCAAACUAGGAUCUGCGAGAGGCUGGUGCACGAUCAACACCUUCAGCAACAAGGCUGGGCCGCCGUGGUGGCGAACCUGGAGGACAUCACGCAGAUGUUCCAGUCGCGGGCAGAUCUUCUGCAACAGAGCUUCGCUGUCUACCUUUCGGAGAGACAGCAGCACAUGGAGCUACUUGAAAACUUCAACGCUGAUCUGGGGACACUCGCGAAGAUUCCAAUUCUGCCAGCGUUACGAGCUCAAGCGGAGGGCCUCUUGAGCCCUGACGACCAACCGAGCCAAUCCGAGAAGGAUUCGGACGGUAGGGACGAAGUUUUGAGCUUGCUUCGAUGGAUUUCAGCGAAGGACAAUCAGAGCAGCUUGGAGCAAGUAGCGGAACAGUGUUCACGGGGCUUGGAGCAGUUCGACGAGAAGGUGAUGGAGGCAUUGAAAGUCGAGGUGAACGCGGCCAUAGACAACGCGAACAAGCAGGACAUGAAGGAGAUAAAGGGCUUGGGUGAGAGACUGUUCGCGCUGGAGCAACUGAUGGCGCAGACCAAGAAGCUCGUACUCGAGCAGGGAGAGUUGGCCCAGGGUUUCCAUCAGAAUCAGAGUCGAGCCAACAACUUGGGCGACGCUAGCGUGCUACCCGACCUCUGUACCUCGCACAGACGCCAGCUACUCGUGAUGCUGCAGAAUCACAAUCAGCUGCGCGACAUACGUCGUAGGUGUACCAAAGCGAAGGAGGAGCUCUCUGUGAACAUCUAUCAUCGGCUGAAGUGGAUAAUGUACGUGGAGAACAAGAUGAUGGAGGUGGACGGAAAACUCGUCAUGUAUCACGAGAGCCUGAAGCGUCUGAGGAGACACCUCGAGGUGCUCCAACAGAUCCAUCUGGCGCCACAGAUGUACAUGAACGCGGUAGCCGAAGUCGUUCGAAGGCGAACCUUCUCCCAGGCUUUCCUCGUAUGGGCCAGCAACCUCGCCUGCCAACUCCUCACCGUUCACAGCGAGGAACUGGCCCGUCGAAGGGAGUUUCAGAGCAAAUUCGACGGUCACUUCCUGAACACCCUGUUCCCGGGCCUCGAGGACACGCCGCCACCUUUCGCAACUCAAGCACCGUCCGUUUUCGACAAUGGAUUGCCAAAGUUAACGGAGGACGAUAUGGAGUCUCUGAAAUCGCAGCUACCCGAUCUGGCACUGACCGUCUCCUCGCCAGAUUUGAACAGCAUCACGCAGUUUUUCUUGUCGAAGAGUCUGACCGAGGCCAGCACCGAUGGAAACAAGGAGAAAGACAGUACUUCCAUGCGCGUCGACGUAGCUGCCAAGGAACAGGGACGAACAAGAGGUCCAAUGUUGUCCGACAGGGGUGGUUUCGAGUCGGAGACGGACACAGAGGAAUUCGAGAAGAUCGGGCAGGGCGCCACGGACUCUAAACCAGAGUCCUUCGACGGCGUGAAAGAAAUGCGUCUGAAGCAAUUGGAGGUUGGUGCCUCGCGAAGCGUGUCCCCUGCUUCCUCGACCUCAACUAACGUAUCCUCGCUAAAUUCGAAAGUCGCGGACCUGACGAACCGAUCAUCCUCCUCGAGCGAGCCUGGAUCCUUCCAUUUUCCUAGUCUGACCAUCAGCGAGCGUCCCGCUCAGCUGAGUCCGCUCACCGAGUGCGCUGAAAACGGCGAGUCGAGCUGUCCGAUUCAUCGCGCCACGAACGGUCUUCCCAACUAUCGCGACUUGCCAUCCUCGACGAUGGCCGAGGAGCCGAACUCCCUAAGUCCAAAUCCUUCUUCCUUGACACGGCCCGUGAUGUGCGACGGCCAGCAGCAUCAGCGUCACCAGCUGUCCGGGAGUGGCGGUAGCAGUCCUUCCGUUGGAGUAUGCCCUACCGACUUCGUGGGUACUGAGUAUUACAUGGACGAAUCUCUGCCGAGCAGUCUCAGCGAGCCUCCAGUCGACGGCCAGCACCAGGCUAUCAUUUCCCUUCUCCAGGAGAAUCUUGGCAACACGCGCGAGGAGGUCGAGGGGCUUCGUUCCAUCCUGAAGACGAUGAAAGCUUUGGUGUGCGAGGCGCUGACCUCGGUUCGUCAAGAAUUGGCUGUUAUGAGGGAUCGAUCCACCGAGGACAAGAACGGUCUAUCGGAGAUGACGGAGCGCGUUCGCGAGGCCUUGUCUUUGUACUCGCGCGAGUGCGAUCGUCGUCUUCGCGAACGCGAGCAGGAGCUCACCGUAGACCACGAGCUCGAGAUGUCGGACGUGAAGAAGCUGAUUCAGAGUCGGGAGGAUGAAAUCUGCACGCUGAAACGCAACCUCCUGGACAAGGAAACUGAGCUGGCGGAGCACGAACGUCUAGUCUCCACCAUGCGUCAGAAAUUGGAGACGGAGCAAACCGAGAUGAGAAAUCUUCAGACGCGUUUGCAUCGACAGCUCGAGGAGGCGCUGGAGGAAGCUCGCGGCGAGAAGGAGGCCGCCGUGAAGAAGGCGAACGACGAGAGAUUCGUGGAGAUCGCGUCGUUGACCAACUCCGUGACGCGGUGCCAGAAACGGAUUCAAGAGCUCGAGGACAACUUGAACGCGGCUCGCAGCGAUCAGGAGAGGAUGGUGAAAGACGCUACCGACAAGCUGCAGAUGGAGUAUAAGACCGAGUUGGAUACCAUCAGAAGUCGAUUCAAGCUGAUGACUGCGUCCACCAUGGAGACGAGCUCUAGCGAUUCCAGGCAUGAGAAAAUCGAAAGACCAGACGUCAUCGAACUGACCAGCCACUUGUUGGCCCAGGCGAAGGAGGACUAUGAAAAAGGAAGAGCGGAUUGCGUUGUGAAAUUGGAUCACGAGUUACGAUUAGCGAGGCAAGUGGUCGUGGAGAAGGAUCGCGAGGUGGAGAUGUACAAACUGAGAGAGGUCGCGCUCACCGAAGAGUGUCAACGUUACAAGAGCAUGAUCAGGCGGUUGACAGGGUUCGAGAACGUCAAGAACAUCCUGACCGAAUCCGGAUUCUGUCAGGAGUCCAGCGACGAGGGAUUAGAGAUGAGCGAGGGCAGCCAGGACGAAGGAUUAAAAAGUCUGGAAGCAAAGAAGGACGAGGUGGAGGUGUCGGAGUCGAAGAAAGUGCGAUUGGAAGCGAGCGACGAUCCGAGUUGUCUGUCUAGGAAAAUCGAAAUCCUCGAGAACGACAACAAGAGACUAAACUCCGAGUUGCAGUCGCUUAAAGAGGGCAAGAAGUCGGCAGACGCGAAGAUAGAGGUUCUGAAAGCGGACAAUAGGCAUUUGGAGAUCGAGCUGUACAGGGAACGAUCCAGGAAGAGCUUCGCCACUCCCGAGUCAUCGUCUUCGUUGGGUAGUCGCGAGAAGGAAAUGAAUGCCUCUGUUGCUGUGGUUGCCGAGUCAGGAUCAAGUCGCGACGCUGCGACUAGUCCGGAACCGAAUCGUCGUUGCGACUGCAAAACGUGCUUCUACUCCACGCACGGCCAGAAGAAGAUGAAGAAGCUCGCGUCGAAGCUGGUGGCGCAGGGUCGCAUCACCGUGACCAGUUGCAAUCCAGGGGACAUCGUGCUCGUGUUCUGGGAUCCGACACACGGGAACUAUACCCUGUACCAGGAGUCGCCGACUUUCUAUUUCCUUACCUCGGACUGCUUCGCUGAAUUGGAUCUGGGUUUGAAUCCUGAUGGAACACCGAAAAGCAUUCAAACCAUUGCAGAGGUGGUUGACAAGGAGUACUGUCUUGCUAAAAGGACGGAGAACCGGUACAACGUGCCGCGCGGUAUCAAGUUCUUUCAAGUGCGUGUAAAACCAGUGAGCGAGAGCACAAGUCUAUUAGCAAGAAAUCAGCAACAACAGCAGCAGCAACCGCAGCAGCAACAACAACAGCAGCAGCAACCGCAGCAGCAGCAAGAACAGCAGCAGCAGCAGCAGCAGCAACCACAACAACAGCAGCAUGAACAGCAGCAGCAGCAGCAGCAGCAGCAGCAGCAGCAACAACAACAACAACAACAACAAUAACAACAUCCUCAACAACAACAAUAGUAAUCAUGUGCCCCGGUGGAAGGUGAACCCCGAGAUUCUUGCCUGGUUAGAAGCCCUGUAACCCUCGGAUCCACGUCUAAUGAACAAACCGUGCUUCGUCUUUCAUUCCCGGACGGUUCGUUUGAGUGACGUGGGUCCCCCGCUUAACAACGUCGUCGCGACCAUCCGUAAAUCCUCGGAUCAAGGCCAAAACCUGCCAGAGCCUGUAGACGCAUCUUUAAUGUCGGUGAGCAGGAGAACGAAGACCCAAGGAAUGAGGUAAAAUGCCGCGUCCAGGAUAUGAGCGACACGAAACAAGCGAUCAGACGAUCAGAAGGAUGCGCUGGCGUUUCAUUGUGAUAUAAGUAAUUUUUAACAAAAAAAAAAGAAAAAAAGAAAAAAAAAACGAGUGAAACAUAAUUGCCGAAUGCUGUGGUUAGCUGUGACAUGUAACGACAUUUGUAUUUCUUCUCAAUUUUUGUUUGUUUGUUUCACAUGAAAGCAUGUGAGAGUGCGUGAGAAAGAGAGAAAGUGAAAAAGAGAGAAAGAGUGGCAGUGAAAGAAACCCGCGAACAUUAUUAUUAACGUCAUCGUACGUUUUUUCUUCGUGUAAUUCGAUAGGCUGACCCGCGCGUUUAAAGCGAGAAAGAGAGAGGGUGAGUGUUUUUUCACAUUAAUUUCGGACACGAGGACGAAACUUGCUCGUUCCGCGAUUCGAAACAAUUAAUUAUUAAUUAACAUUAUUAUCAUUAUCUUUGCACUGUGUGAAAACAAAACGAAGAAGAUGAAAAAAACCGUACAGUAGGGUAAGUUUUACAAAAAAGAUACGAGCAAAUAAAAAAAAGUGACGGUAACAAAAACUUCGGAUGCUUUGUGUAUGCAGACUAUAUAUUAUAUAUGUGAUAUAUAUAUAUAUAUUAUAUAUACAUAUAAAUAUAUAAUUAUACAGAGAGUAACGUUAAUAUUCGGAGAUCUCGUAAUAUUUACCCUUGUCACUUUACAAUUUUAUCUUCGAUAAAAGAUGGAGUGACCAGGCUAUAUGUAGCAUUAAAGUUUAAUUAAUAAAAGUAUGAAGCUUCUGUAUUUAAUUUAUAAUGUUUCUCAUAAAAUGAGACUCAAACGAAACAAUGUCCCAUUUUGAGGUAAGAAGAAACUUUUUGCAGUUAUGGAAAGUUCAGUGUUUCGUUAUCAAAACGUUAACGUUAAAACAGAGUCUAUCUACAAGAAACAAAACAUCAACGAAGAGUAUCAAUGACUGUGUUCGAUUUUCAAACUUGAUACUUUUGUUAAUUAGGGUUUAAUGGUAUGUAUACCUCGAUUACUGUAUCUUUCAUCGUAAACAAACGAUAUAAAGCGACCAAGUAAAGAUUGCAAAAUGUCCGAAUCAAAAAGUUGCUCGCUGUACGCGUGUAUACCGUUGUACGAAGCGUGCAAUAUUCGCGUACGAAGGAUAUCAUACGAUAGGUCCUAAGGUGCAGCUAAGAUUUUGUAAAACGAAGUAUCUCAUAACCGUGUUGUGCAAUCCUCGAGACACACCUUCGAAAACGUUAGAGAGUCUCUUUAUUUUUAACACGGGAGCCCCGUCUCCCGUCAACCAUUUAUUUUUCCUGACGAUUUCGUUUCGGGGGCCUCGCAGUCGACGCAAAUCGUCCUUGAAUCGUUGCCCUGAGCGGUAUCGGCCAACGUCGAUCAUAUACACUGCUCUAAGAUGGCGGACGCGAAUCGUAGGACCACGUAAUCCGCGUAGAUCUUCGCUUCGAAGCGUAACGAAAUGCUUACAAAGCGAAAGAUCAGGUCUUUCAAACCCCGUCGACGCACCGGUGCGAGACAAACUCUUCGUAGGAUCAAUUUUAUAAGUACAUACGUAAACACAUACAACCAAUAUACAAACACAUACCCAUACACGCAUGUUUUUUCUAUCGUUCUGCGUCCAAACGCGUUCGAGGUUCGCUCGAACGACGCGAUCGAGAGAAAAGAGCGUGCCCCACGCGACACCGAUUAGCUUCCUCGCGAGAGAUCGCUCGUAAGGUCUUUUGAUAAUCGAUUCUCCGUACCGUUUACGUACACACAUACCACCGAUUAUUCGUUUCUCCGCGACAGUUAAGCACUCAUAGUAUCGUACAAUAGCUGUGAUCGUUAGGCUCGACGUUUUCACUUCUACGUAGUCGUUAGUUAAUCUUAAUUCCUGGGCCUGACGAGCGACGACUCGCGGCAUCCGCUCGCGAUUCCCUGGCGCGCUGAUAGCUUAACUUUUCCGUAACCAAGAAUUUUUAAAAAUCUGUCUCGGACCGUCGAGCGGACCGCGAGUGUCCGCGUCGUUUCGUCAGCCCCGAUUUCGAAUUCGAGCUAAGCCGCCUGGCGUUCAAGGUGGCCCGCCGAAAGAUUCUGAUAAGUAAGAUAAAGACGAAGCAAAUAUCGUUUUGGUAGAUUGUAGCUCGAGCUUGUCGAGAGAACGACGCACCUGCUUCUGACAUAGCGCAAGUAGCUCGUUUAACGAUUCCUCUUUCUUCUACCGAUCGAAUAAAGGCACACGCGUACACGCACUCGCGCACGGAUUUAGCACGAAUUUUCAACGACGACGGUCUGGUUGAGGCCAGUCCGAUCGUGGUCCAUAGGUACACUUUCUUUCCGAAGCCUCUGAUCGUCGAGCCACUCGACGAUCCACGUCCUAUCGUUGCGUCGACUCGCAACGAGUCAUCGUGCACAGGGUGCAGAGCGUCUCGUUGAUCCUGGAACGACACCCUGGCCUCGCAGUUCGCUGGUAAGAGGUCGCAAACGUAACGAUCCUUGGCACAAUUAUUUGUACAACUAUACGAUACGACUGUUCGAACGCUGACUGUAAAGUCUGUGGAGUCGUUGUACAUCCUGGAUAGCAUCAUAGUGCUAGCACUAUUACUAGUGCAGCUAGCAGUUCUAUUACUAGUGCUAGUAAUAGAAGAAGUUACGCCCGGUGGCCUCUAUAACAGACAAUAUCAAAAAGCCAUACUGCCACGGUUGGUCUCGAUAUAAAGCAUCCGGUGCCUAGACUAUUCAAUGAACUCUGUCGAACGAUCUGCGAAUCCGCGUGCCGUUCCUGCGUCCCUCAGACACGUUUUGCGGAUCCGUUACCAAGAUUCCUCAACUUUGUAUCGACGCGGAGCAUCAGCCGCCUAGGAGUUGGAGCGUCGAGCACUUUGUAGCGCGUAGAGAAUGCUAGUAUGUUCUGGUAACGUGAUCCAUAAAGACGUAUCUCAAUAGACGAACGCGAAGUGUGUUCAGCGACUGGUGCGUUUUGUGAAACUCUUUCGCGUUCCAAGUGUAACAUACCUGGUGCGUCCCAGUGAGCAGCGAGUAGUACGAUUUUGAAAGACGUUUCCAGGCGUCCAGCGACGAACCACGCGCAAGGUCCUCUUCUAAGUCCAAUCCUCGAAUCUUCUUGGAUUACGAGACGCUUUGUCCAUGUGCACGCGCGCACGAAGUUCACAUGCACGCGACCCACGGUUCCUAUUAGUCAAAUUUUCUUCGCGGUUUCAAAGGCCCCGAAGAGACCUUUGAAGACUCACGUAGAGCGCACCCUCUUCACCCGUUACACUUCCGACAGCAGACUUGCUACAGAACGAUGAAGAGCCUCCGUUAGAUUCGAUUCGCGCGUACCACCUUGCCUCGAGGUACCCUGGACGAGCAUUUAACUGCAACGUCGUUAGACGGUCAUUCGACGCAGCAGUUUAUGUCUGGACACGGUGCCACGAGGCUGUCCUUCAACGAACAAAUGCCGCGAUUGUUCCUUUCUGUUCUCGAAAAGCGGUAACGAGGGAUUUGAAACGCUUUGGGGGUGAAAUUGUAUCAAGAUCUCGCGGAACUACGAAGACAGGUCUGGUGAUCGUAUUCGUCUGUCAGAAAUGUUGUUUCAUAUGUUUUCUAACGAGAGAGUUGGAGCGAUUUGUUGCAAAGAAAGUUUUAAUGUACUUUGUAAGCUGUAAACGCGAUGAUCGGAGGAGCAUAGAAGCAGGUUAGAUUCUACCGAACACUUCAGCAAUAGAGAAUCGGUGGAUGAUCGUUUAAUUUGUAACGAUGGCGUUGGAGUGAUAUUUUGAUAGGGAUGUUCUGAUGUAUCACUGUAAAAGGAAGUAAUAGCAUAUGUAUAUACUUUGUCGAUUCUAUACGUGAUAAUCGGAAUUUAAUAAACACUCCAACGCUAGAACAGAUCGGGUGGAAGAGGUACUGAUGUAUCCAUGAUACUAUUGCGAAAUAACGCGUGUACUUCGUGUAAACUCUAAACGCGAUGAACACAAAAACGGAGAAAUAUAGAUUCAACGCUCCAAAAGAUGUUCUAAUGCUCAGAAGAGUGUAGAAGCAAAUUACACGCUAGUACACGGUAGAAUAUUGUUAAAUGAUUAUCUAACGAGUAACAAGGACAAUCGAGUUGUUCGAUGAAAGAGGUGUUCCGACAUAUCGCUAUACUAUAGACAAAAGUAAUAGUGCAUAUUACUUUGUAAACUUUAAACGUGAUGACCUCACGAUUGAAGAAUCAGAAUUAGAGUGGAACACUUGAUUAUCUCGAUUAUCUUCCGAUCCAUCGCUACAAGAAGAAGUAAUAAUGUAUGUACACAAGAGUGGAGAAAGAGGUUCAACACUUGAAAGGAUGAUGGGUCUACGGAUCACGACAACUUUGCUGUCCAAUGCUUAUAAAAGACUUUGCAAGCAUAUCCCUCUCUUAAUUUUGCUAUACAUUCGAUGGUUGCAAAGUUGACUUACAUUCCAUUGGAAGGCGGAUUUUGUACAAGCUACGGAUUUUAUACUAAUCCCCACAGAGAUCUUGGUCUUGAAACAAUUUCACCCCUUACCUGAAUCUUUUCGAUGCAAUCAAAGUCUAAGAGAAACAAGGAAUUAUUACGGCAUUUAUUAUCUCGUAAGAGAAGUCUGCGAUAAGGACGAGUGUUUUUUGAAUGGGACUGCGUGCAAAUUAUAGAAGAUAACGAGUAUAAGUACAUUCUAGAAUAGUAGUUGCCGACACAAAACUAUUUUUGUAAAUAGUGUCUAUGUAAAUGUUGAAAAUUUCAAAGUAUUAAUUUGAGAAUGUGUUCGCUGUUAGAAUGGAAUCGAUUUUGAGCUGCAAUUACAGUGGAGGUGAUGUCAAUUUAAACAACGAUAUUUUUUGCAAUAUUUUUAAUCGAAUUUUAUAAUUUUCUAUUGUAUCGUCCAAGAACAGAAAGCAGCUACGUAUUUUUUAACACGUCAAACGAGAUGUUUGAUAACUGGAACGUAAUAGAAACAUUUAUAUACAUUUGCAGUUACAUACAAUUAUUAUUUGUAAUGUUGGGUGAAGUAUAUACAAUGAGGAAUACAUUUUCAAGUAUAUAUUUACAAUAUAUUUAAAUUGAUGCGUUUCUUUCGAGUUCUUUGAAUCGUAUCGUGUAAAGUGUUAAAAAAUAUCUAGAUUCGUGUUCGUAAUGAGAUGCUAAAUUGAGAAUUAUAAAAUUCAAAUUGGACCAGGGAGUCGCAAAAGGGAAAUAAUUUUCCUAAACGAAAAUAAAAAGCUCACGAUUGUCAAAGAAAAGUAACGCAAACGUCCUUGUUGAUACUUGAAAGCAAACACUUGUAGGUCCUUCGCAGAGGUGCGCAAAGCUUUUAAUUAGAGCCAGUUUUAAAUAAUUUCACAUAUUUCCUAAUCAAAGACUUUGCACACUGGUGUACGAGACCUCCACAAAUAAUUGCUCUCAUAUUUUAACAAGGAAGAGCUACCUUCCCUUAACAAUCAUUACGGCGAAAGAUAAGAUCUUUGAGAAACGAUGGCAAAGAAAUCCUAAAAUAUUACUUUGAAAUGAUCAAUGUUUAAUCUUACUCGUUAUAAAAAUUACUGAGUUGGCAAUCAUUACAUUCUGCACCCAAUCUCAUCUGGACAGCCUUCGUCCUCAAUCGUGGGCUCUCUUUACCGGUGCACCUGAUUGGAAAGCAAGAGUUAGAAGUACAUUCUGGAUACAUUGUAGUCGGGUUCCGCUCGGACGAACCUUCAUCGAUCUCCUUCCGGUUCCCCUUGGAAUUCUCAGCGAGCAACAGCGUUUCUUUUCCCCAUCUUCCCUCCAGAACACUCGGAAUCCACGCUCUCGUCGUGGUCGAGCAGCUUGUGCGCCGCGAGAGUCGGUCUGCGGUUGGUUGACAAGUAGAAUCAAAACCGACGGAUUCCUGCGGACUAGCAAUGAUCGAGUGUCCGUAAAAUCUGUCGGCCGGUAAACGAAUUCCUAGUUUUCCCCCAUUCGUCCGGUUUUGAGUGAUGUACACUUACGAAUCCAAAUAUCAAAGCAACACGUGCCUGCGACGUAUAGCUGCGUUACUUAUCGAGAUGGCUUUCCCAGGCCGAGAGAGAGAGAGAGACAACGAGUCGCGUGCCCGAUCGAACAUUCAUCGUUCACGAACACCUGUUUCGCGGAAUUCGUAGAAUUUUGAAGAAUUCCUAGAAUUUUCCAAAUUUAGACAGUGAUCUCGCACGAGUCGGACGCGUACAAAUGAAACGAAAACGAUUCCCGUGGACAUAGAUCCUCGACCCUGUUGCAAUAUGGCGGCAAAGAGCGUGUCGGAGCCACGCCUCGGAAGACAGGGAUAGGCAAAAUUCUUUUCUGGAUAGAUGCUUCGAAUAAAAAAAUUACUGUAAUUGGAAUCGCUGGAUGGUGUGGAUUUGUUAGGUAGCAAUGUCGUUUUAAUUCAUUUGACGUUUGUACCACGAGGGCCUCUGGUCGUUCUAAACAGCGAGGAAAUAUUUUUAUGAAAUUUGAGGAUCAUAUAAAUCAUAUAAAUUUAUAUAAAUGCAGAAUUUGAAAGAUAAUAACUGAUGGAAAUAUUGACAGUAAAGGAAACAGAAAGUAGAUGUUGGUGUUGUUAGUCCUUUUUCUUUUUUUAAACGUGUCGGAUACUUCGCAAAAUUAUAUAUUAAAGGAUCGUAAAAACUAAAGAUAACCAAGUAUGUAUAUAUAUUUACGUAUAGACUGGUUAGACUCGUUUUAUUUUAUAUCAGAUGCAUAUUUCAGAUGCCUAUGAAUUAGGGACGUCUGUUAAAUUGUUCAUCAAACAUGUGACGAAAUUAAAAUAUUGAGAAAGUACCUAAGAAGAAUGUUUGCUUUCAAAGAUACACCAAUUUUUAUCCAACAUUCUUCGAAUAAAAAUCGAAUCACACAAUUAAAUGUUUCGCAAUGAAUAAGUGAAAAUCUAUUUCACUCGUUGAAUAAAAAUUAGAAUUUGACUUAAAGAAUAUAAUGCUUUGCAGCAAACAAAUGAGAAAUUUCACCAUUCGUAUAGAAUAAACGUUGCGACUAAAUCUCUAUGUACAGUAUAUUUAAUUCUCAUCUACUAUGCGAAGAGAAUAUUGCCGAUCUCUGUCAGAUGAAGGGCGCAAUGAAUAAAGUAUGAUGAAUAAAUGAAGACGGAUUCAAACGGUUAGAGGGAUCCCUCGGAGCGAGCACACCGAGAGAAGUAAGUGAGUGGAGGAUAUAGUGCGGCGUUUUUAUUUUUCUAGCGAUUACUCGCGACGUAACCGAGAAAAACGUUUGGUCCCCCCUUUUUUACCUAGACGCCUAAAACGAAAUCGAAAAAUUGACGAAAAAAAAUAAUAAUGUAAUAACCGUAGAUAACGAUAGGAAUUUUGUUUUACGUGUGACGUGUAUAGGAAAAAUGUAAUUCGAUGCGAUGAAAUACUCCUUUUUUUUUUUUUUACUGACCGAAAUUUAUACGCUUAGGAAAGUUUAUAUGCGAAAAGGUGAUCGUAAUUUGUCGCGCGGUUUUUAGGCUUCACGAGGCAGCGCCAGUUUCUGUUUCAUUUUUCAUUUGCACGAGGUACUACGUAAAAACACAGCAAUUUCACUGGAAUUCUCCAUUGAUCCGACUCCUCUUAGGAUAAUUUAGGGGCUGACAAUCAUAGUGGUGCGAAUAAAAAAUAAAAAAUCGACGACUAUGAUUUCCCCACUGGAAAGAAAACUCGAAAUGUUUUCAAGACACCUGAGAUGAGCAAAAUUUUAUUCGAAUAAUACGACGAAUAAUAAUACAGGAUAGUGAUUUAGUUGCUAUGUUCGUUCGAUCAAACAAUUAUUUACGUAAGUUUUAUUUACCGAACCAUGAAGUGUAGUUUCAUUUUAAAGAAGCCAGCGUUUCCCUUGAAACAAUAUAUUUUAAAUUUCCUUAAAAUAUGACUAUAAAGCUUCUUUUAAUAAGUCAGCUACUAUUUAUACUUAAUACAGUGAAUAAUAGCUAAUCCUACAUUUAUUUGAUGUAAUAUCAUUUUCUAAUUAAGAUUAUAAUUUUUAUCGAACAAAAAACAGAUCAAACACCGUUUAUUUUUCACUAGUUAUUCGACAAUUUUAUUUAGAUAAAAAUUUUGCCCAACUCCGAAUAGAAAUAAUUGGCAACUAAAGAAAAUGAGAGUAUACCAACGUGGCUGAGGUUUUUUAAACAGUGAAACGAACGAUUUUCGGAAAAUGUGUUUCACUACGAUUUCCACUUAUGCGUGCCACUAUGGUUGUUCUGCCUCUCGAUUGAAACUUUGACGGCGUUAAAAAAUUUGUUUUAUAAAUUACCAAAAUACCCGGGGAACAAAACAGCACAUCCAGCGAGUCACUUGUAGCUCUUGAGUUGUGUGGCAGAUUCGCGCGAAUACAGGAAUUUACUAGCCAACGAGGUCCGUGGACGCGUGAUUAGCUGAUACAACGAUUCAACGAGUUUUUCGAUUAGUUCCUGCUUCAACUCUACGCUGAUCUAGUAGCAAGCUUAAAGAGUCGUGUAGAAGUUGCUCGUACUCCUUUCUUCGUAGAUUGUUCUCGGAGCAAACGUGUCUACGGAGAUGGGCAAAUUUUCAUUCGAAUAAUGGACGACGAUAAUAAUAUCAAACAUUAUUGUUAGCGAUUUGAAAGUUGAAUAUAUAAAAAUAUAAUCCUUAGAAUUAAAUAUGAAGGUGUAAUCGUAAAAUUUAAUUAUUUGAAAUUAAUCCUUAUUUUGCUCGGUAAUAUUGUUUCACCGUUUGCUUUUAGGUUAAUCUUUUGUUUGUUCUAAGAGCAAUUUAAAUUUAGCAUUAUGCUUUUUAUAGGGAUUUGUUCGUGACGAUUAUUCGAUGAAUAGCGGCAAGAGGUAGCAAACUAUGAAGCGAUGAACGAAUAAAAAGUUCAGGCCACAGUUCAUGGCUCCAGAUAAAUUUUUGUUCGCUCAAUAUGAAAUGCUGUUGAUCAAAUUGCUAAGAGCACUGAGAAAAACGAAGAUAUUUCUGUUUGAAGGAAGUAACGUGUGUCUUUAAAUUAAGAUGGCAAGAAGAGUCCACGAUGGCCCUGAAGUGUCCCAAAUAAAAAAAUUCUAUUACUUUAGACUACAGAAGCUAUAUUACGAAUAGCUAAUAUAUUAGUACUUAUAUUUAGUAAUGUGCAUCAAUCAGAUAUUUCUUUUUCGUUUAUUAAAUCUCAAAUAUCUUCUUUUUCCUCAUCGGUGCCUCUAAGAAAUUGAUCAACCACUGUAUCGUAUACUUCUCCAAUCAGAAUUCAAGCUUUUAUUUAAUCCUGUAGUUGGACAAAGAAUCGAUCAUCUGUUAUUCGAUCUGCAACAUUUUUAUCCAAACAAGAAUCUUGCCUGUCUCCGAUAUACAUAUUAAGCAAACACUCGUUGACCGUCCAGCGAUCGCGCGCUACCGGAUAUUCGCACCCGUUUCGUUUCUCGUCUCCCUUGAGUUCGCCGCUCGAGGAAACCAAGAUUCGAUGGCAGAAUCGCAAACGAAAUGAAAUACCUAAUAAAAAUGAAAAAAAAAAAAAAAGUAACUAAAGAAAACACGAUGAAAAAGAAUAUCGCGCAUGUAAUCCGAGAAAGUGUAACGCAAAUAGGUGUAUGAUAAUAUUACAUUAACGUACAUAAAAUUGUGAUCGUGAGAGUAUCUGUUACGAAUAAAUAAAUUACGAAUAAACCACGUGACUUUUUUCCAAGCUA